UAAAUUGUCCCUCCGCGGACUUUGUACUUCCUGAUAUGGGUGCGGAUUUUAUUGUCAACAGAUGACUCCACAAACUUUGGAGGCUAAACGAAAGUGACCGGUCUGGCUUUCUCACAUGAGGCUUUUAGAGAAUCAAACUAGAGUUUAAAACAGUGGAUACCGGCGGGGAUGCGGCGUCAGUAUGGGGAACAUCUUCGGCAAAAAGAAACGCAGUCGGGUGACGGAGCAGGACAAGGCGGUGCUGCAACUGAAACAGCAGAGGGAUAAACUGAGGAUGUACCAGAAGAGAAUCAACCUCCAGCUGGACAAGGAAAGACUCCUGGCCAAACAGCUUCUGAAAAAUGGCAGAAAAGACAAAGCGCUUCUCUUACUGAAGAAGAAACGCUAUCAAGACCAACUUCUGGAAAAGACAGACAACCAGAUUAGCAACCUGGAGAGAAUGGUUCAAGACCUUGAGUUUGCUCAGAUUGAAAUCAAAGUCAUCGAGGGGCUCAAAGUUGGAAAUGACUGUCUGAAGAAGAUGCAUGAGGUGAUGUCCAUUGAGGAGGUGGAGCGCAUAAUGGACGAGACUCAAGAUGCUGUGGAGUAUCAACAGCAAAUCGACGAGAUGCUGGCGGGCGCUCUGACUCAGGAGGAUGAAGACGCAGUCCUGGCUGAGCUGGAGGCCAUCACCCAGGGAGACGUUCUGCUUCCUGAGGUUCCGUCGGAGGAGCUGCCCGAGGUUCCGGAACCGUCCGAAGAGGAGCCAGAGCGGGAGCGGGAACGGCCCAAGAGGAAUCAGGACAGAGAGAUGCUCGCCGUCUGAGAGUGGAUUUCUCUGCGAUGACUCCGUUCAAACAGUCCUACCUUCAAACACACACACGAGCAAACACACUCCAAAACACAACCUUUUUGUUAUUUUUUACAUAUAGCCGAAGCUGCUCUCAUGCAUCUGUGAUCAAGAUAAGCCGAGCUGCUGUCUAUCCAAUCCCAUCGCACCGCAGUACAGUCCAGCGCUCUGAUUGGUUCACUAUCCAGCACAGAACCGCAGACCUCCGGUAGAGUGAAUGAAAGCUCUGAACGUUUUCAACAAUUUGUGCCUAAGCCUUCUUGUUUUUAAUUAUUAUUUUUUUAAAUAGAAAUAUGAUUGCCUCGCCAACGCCAUUGGGCUAGAGUGCUAUCAAAGUCAAUCUGACAAGGCCCAAAGCCAUUGGCCGCUGUCAAUCGCUGCUUGAUUUGCGAUAAAUUAAUGAUUUGAUCCAAUGAGGUUCGGAAUUCUAAACAGUAGAAUGUUCUAUUGGAAAAAGGCGUUGUUUUAAUAUAUAUAUAUAUAUAUAUAUAUAUAUAUAUAUAUAAAAAUAUAUAUAAAGUAACAUUUUUUUUUUAAUCCAACAUUCUACUGCAAUAUUCUAUAUAUCUACUGUAUAUCUAUAUAUAGAUAUUAUUCCGAUUUCCAACAGGCCCCCCAUGAUUCUCCCCAACCCCCCUGUGCCACCUCAAUAAAACAAAUCCUGGCCUCGCCCCUGGGUGAGGAGAGCUUCUGGACUAUCAGUCCCAGCCUUGAAGACCUCUUCUACCCUUGUUUUAAAGUAUUAACCACUAGCAGUAAUCCUUGUUAUCAUAUAGGCUUAACUAAUCCAAUCCGCAACUCGUACAUGUUAACUGUAAUUGAGAGCUCGCUACCUUGUGAGUGCUCACAUCAGCCUGCGACAGGGUAACUUUGAACUUUGUGCAAAGCCUUCAGGGUCUUAUGGUCACUAACAAUGCGUGUAUACCUUUUAUAUCUAAGUCUGCACAACAGUGUAAGUGUGUCUUCAGCCAGACAUUUUUUUAAAUUGUUGCUUCAGUCGGAGGGACAUAAACCGUUGGAUGAAACUGGUUUUCUCUCACCGUGAGGUGACAAUGUACCAUUUCUUUUGAAUAAUCAACAAUAAACGGAUCUUCUAUUUGACUUGUCCACUGCAUAAAGUACGGGCAUUACUCAAGCAGUGCCCAUCAUUCACCACUAGGUGGCAGUGCAGCUCAACUUAAAAAUUCCUGCAAGCUAGAAAGCCUAUAAAAGUUUGGGUAUAUGUACAAUUAAUAUGCAACGCUUUCUUUGUUGGCGAACUACUUUUCCUGACACCUUAACCGUCAACGUUGACCCUUAAACCUUAUUAUCAUAUAUUAUAUAUAUGUAUAUAUUUGAUAAACAUCUUAAAACAGCUUGGAUGUGGUGAAUAGAUCAGGCCAGCCAUUUGUAUGAAGUGUUUCUGAAUCAUGCAUGAUAUUUCUGAUGUAGAUACCCGACUGGAGAGAAAUUAAAACAACAUGGUAUAAAGACAAA